GCUCCUGCGCAGACCGCGCAGCAUCCGCGAUCAGUCGCGCGCCACUUCGCGCAUGUGUGGUGCGCAUCAUAAACAAAUCAUAAGAUCAUGCUUGCGUAAAGUUACGGCUGAUUAGUGCAUAGUUUAAGUGUUGUGUGUGUAAUAGAAGACCAACAAGGUUACAAGAAAAACAGUACUAACUGUAGUCAAGAAACAUACAGGACAAACACAAUGACUCAAUGGACGUGGAGACAAAAUGCGUCCUGCUGCAUCGGUCAUCUUCGGAAAGGCGAUGAGCCUUCGGAACUCUUCGCGAGGUCAUGGCGAGGACGAGUGUCCCCCCUGUUUUGGAGGCUGCCGAUCCUGCUCUGGGCUUUGGCAGUCAUCGGCUGGUCGGGUGCCGGCUUCUGGGGACCGCCGGAGAUGUUCUUCCUAUAUAUGACGCAUUGGGGGCUGAUACUGAUUUUGGCGGAAUCUUUGUUCGGAGUUGCAGUUACUACGAUGAAACAUUGUGGAACAUUGCCUGAUGCAACGUUUGGUCUGCCGUGGUAUGUCAAGACUUACUGGGUCCUGUACAACAUCACCAUUCCUGUCGCAUUCCUCAUCACUAUAUUCUACUGGGGCGUUCUAAAAACAUCUGGAAGAAUGGUGAACUACGCCCCGAACCCAGUGCUGGACGUGAUGCUGCACGGCGUCAACUCGGUGGUGAUGCUCGUGGAGCUGGUCGCGUCGGCGCACCCCUCGCGGCUGGUGCACAUCAUGCAACCCCUGUACUUCGCACUGGCAUAUCUGCUGUUCUCUGUUGGAUAUUACACGGCUGGUGGCUUGGACCCAUGGGGUAACCCUUUUAUUUACCCCGUGAUCGACUGGUCGAAGCCGAACCAAACGAUGGUGGUGGUCACGUUGACUGCACUGUUCCUGGCUCUGAUGCAUAUCCUUACUGUUGGGAUUGCUUCACUACGUGACGUAAUCUCGCGAAAGUACAUAAGAGAUUCUACAGGAGUAUAUAAUGAUGGAUUCAAGGCUUGAAAUUUAAAUGCGAAAAAGUGAAGAACCAUGUGAUGCUAAGUGUGACUUGAAUACGUGUUUAAACUGACGUGUAGAUUUGCAGAUCAAAUAAGCAUUGGUGCUUGUCGUGCUAAUAUGUGCUUUACUUAGACUUAGAACACUAUUUAUACCUAAAUAAGGGCCUGCCGGCCGUCAAUGUGUCAUGGACUUGUAUUCCUAAAGGUGUACGUAUUUUUCCUCGUUAUGUUCGACCCCGAUGUCCGCCAAUGCCAAACUACAGCGCCUUACCUAUUCGUUAUUAUCAACGCCUGAUGGUUUAGUUAGGUUAGACUUAGGUAUUUAGUUAAAUUUACUACAGGCGGUCUUUACUUUAAAAAACUUGCAUGUGCUAACGAAGCUAAAGUAAAUGAAGGGUCCAGGGAAAAACAAUAAGAAUAUAUUUUUAGAUUUGUUAUUAAAUUGUUUCUUGUUUAGGUAACUGUUAUCAUCUGUUGUUUUUAAAAUAGGCCAAUUAAUUACAACUAAUUAUCCACUAACUUCUUAACUAAUUUUCCAUUUGUUGUAUUCAAAAGUUAUGUUAUUGUGUACAUACAUUUUGCCAUACACGUAGUAUGUCGUAGAAUUGACUAAUGUAGUUAAUCCCCUGGACUCUUAUCAUAUGUUAUAGUAUCAGUUUAUGAUAUAUAAUCUAUAUAUAUAAAUGCAAGUGUCCUGACUGACUGACUGACUGACUGACUGAUUCAUCAACGCAGAGCCGAAACUACAAAAGUCAGAAAGUUGAAAUUUGCACACCAGAUUGCACUUAUAAAGUGUACAAGAGAUAAGAAGCGAUUUUGAGAAAUUCAACCCCUAAGGGGGUUAAAAAGGGAAUGAAAGUUAGUAUGGGGUUAAAGUUUUCUUUUAAGCUAGGAAUUUGAAACUUCGUAAAAAGAUAUAUUAUUAAAAUACAAGAAAACUGAUUUCAGCGUUUUUGAAAAUUCAUCCCCUGAGGUGGUGAAAAAGGGGUUGAAAGUUUGUAUGGAUAUCAAAAAUUUUUCCGAGUGGUGGAUUUGAAUCUUUGUAUUUAGGGAUAUUAUUAGAAGACAGGAAAAGUAAUUUCAGCGUUUUGUAAAAUUCAUCCCCGAACAGGGUUAAAAAGGGGUUGAAAAUUUUAAUCCAUUACAAAUGCUUUCAAACUUCUUAGAAAGGCAUAAUAGCCGAUAAGAAAAAAAAAGUGAUUGCAACGUUUUUGGAAAUUCAACCCCAAGGGGGUUAAAAAGGGGAGGAAAGUUCGUCUUCAGGUGCAUAUUUUAUUUUAAGCUAGGAACUUGAAACUUUGUAAAAACGUAUCAAAUUCAAAAACAAGAAAACUAAUUUCAGCGUUUUAGAAAAUUUAUCCCCCAAGGCGGUGAAAAAGGGGUUGAAAGUUUGUAUGGAUAUCAAAAAAUUUUUCGAGCGCGGGACUUGAAUCUUUGUAUUUAGGGAUAUUAUUAGAAGACAGGAAAAGUAAUUUCAGCGUUUUGUAAAAUUCAUCCCCUAACAGGGUUAAAAAGGAGUUGAAAGCUUGAAUCCAUUACAAAUGGUUUUGAAACUUCUUAGAAAGGCAUAAUAGCCGAUUACGAAAAAAGUAAUUGCAUUGUUUUGCAAUUUCAACCCCUAAGGGGGUUAAAAAGGGGAUGAAAGUUCGUCUGUGGGUGCAAAUUUUAUUUUAAGCAAGGAACUUGAAACUUUGUAAAAACGUUUUAAAUUAAAAUACAAGAAAACUAUUUCAGCGUUUUUGAAAAUUCAUCCCCUAAGGUAGUGAAAAAGGGGUUGAAAGUUUGUAUGGAUAUCAAACAUUUUUUCGAACGCGGGACUUGAAUCUUUGUAUUUGGGGAUAUUAUUAAAAGACAAUAAAAGUAAUUUCAGCGUUUUGUAAAAUUCAUCGGGGUAACAGGGUUAAAAUGGGUUUCAAAGUUUGAAUCCAUUACUAAUGCUUUGAAACUUCUUAGAAAGACAUAUUAGCCGAUUACAAAAAAAGUAAUUGCAACGUUUUUGGAAAUUCAAGCCCUAAGGGGGUUAAAAAGGGGAUGAAAGUUCGUCUUGGGGUGUAAAUUUAAUUUUAAGCUAGGAACUUGAACUUUUUGCAAAAAAAGGUAUUAAAUUAAAAAACAUGAAAUCUAAUCCAAGCAUUUUUGAAAGUCAUCCCCCAAGGUGGUGAGAAAGGGGUUGAAAGUUUGUAUGAAAAUCAGAUAUUUUGUGAGUGCCGAACUUGAAUCUUUGUAUAAGGGCAUAGGUACCUAUUAUGAGAAUACAAAAAAAGUAAUUUCAGCAACCAACAUCAAAAUCCACUUGACUUAAAACUUCAUACAACUUGCUAAAAAAGAAAAGUACUUAAUUUCAACAUUGCUUGGAAUAUUAUAGGUCCUAAGAUGUAAAAUGUUGAAGAUAAGAUUCUACGCGGACGAAGUCGCGGGCAACAGCUAGUAAUUAAAUUAAAAGUGUAUAUUAUACGCUACGUUCAUAGGCAAUGGAUAAUUAUAAACAAUAUGAACAAUUGAACAUAGACAAAGGAUUAAGACGCGAAAAUAUUGAAAAGUGUUCGUAUUCUCUUGUCUAUGUUAAAAUAAUUAUUAGGUUUAGGACAUGGGCAUGGACACUAAAGACUGUGAUAGAAUUAUUAAAGCCUACUGUGAUUUUAAACUUUUGCUGGCGAUUAAAAGCUGUCAGCUAAGUUUGUCCAUUGCACUCAAAUGCAGCAAAAGUAUCAUCGGAUUAAAUAGAAGUGCGGUAAAUUUUAAAAGAUGAUUGCUUCAUAGUUUCAUACUUUGUUUUGGAUAAGUAUAGGUCACGCAAUUUAUAUUAAGUUGAAUGGAACAAAUGAUGAGUGAAUGGAAAUUGCAAGCACUACUACUAAACAAAUAUGAACUUUAAUUUAAAAAUAGAAUGGGACCGAAGGUUUCAUGUUUUGCAAACCAUGUGGUCUCAUUCUCAUGUAUAAUUAUGCGAUUUUUAUAAUAAUUUGUUAUAAGUUUUAUAAUGUAAUGUGAGCUCAAUUACCAUUUAUUUAUUUUGCGACUGUAAUUAAGGCAAUUUUUUGUAUAAAUUAAAUUAUAGGUAGUAUUUUUUUAAAUACUACACAAAUAAAAAAAUUUUUUGAA